UUAUGACGUCGAUUCUUUAUCGCUCUACAAUAUGAUUCGUUUGCUGGGGACUAAUUGUGCUAGACUGUACUCCUGUCUCCAUGGACUUCCUUGCUCUUCCGGCAUCCAAUUUUCAUUAUCUAAUUCCAAGACCUAAAACUGUGGUUUAAAAGACAAAUUAGAAACAAUCAGACGGUGGGAGAUUCAGGAAUGGAGAACGCUGAUGUCUUCCUUGGUUUGCACGACUUCUUAGAUCGCAUGCGCCAACCGUCCGCCGCCGAUUUCGUUAAAUCCAUCAAGAGCUUCAUUGUCUCGUUUUCAAACAAUGCUCCCGAUCCAGAAAGGGACAGUGCUCUGGUACAGGAGUUCUUUGCCAACAUGGAAGCAGCUUUCAGGGCUCAUCCACUCUGGGCUCGUUGCUCAGAUGAGGAACUAGAGAGUGCUGGUGAAGGACUUGAGAAGUACGUAAUGACAAAGUUAUUCACCCGUGUAUUUGCUUCACUUCCAGAUGAUGUUAAAGUUGAUGAGCAACUUUCUGAGAAGAUGUCUUUGAUUCAACAAUUCAUUAGGCCAGAAAAUUUGGACAUUAAGCCAACCUUUCAAAAUGAAGCAUCAUGGCUGCUUGCCCAGAAAGAACUGCAAAAGAUCAAUAUGUACAAAGCACCAAGAGACAAACUUGUGUGCAUUCUCAAUUGUUGCAAGGUCAUAAAUAACUUACUGCUUAAUGCUUCAAUAGCAUCCAAUGAGAAUCCUCCUGGGGCUGAUGAAUUUCUUCCUGUACUAAUUUAUGUUACAAUGAAGGCAAACCCUCCACAGCUGCACUCAAAUUUAUUGUAUAUACAACGGUACAGGCGUCAAUCCCGGUUAGUUGGAGAAGAAGCCUACUUUUUCACAAAUAUGCUCUCCACGGAGUCUUUCAUCUCAAACAUUGAUGCUAGAUCCCUUUCAAUGGAGGAAACUGAAUUUGAAAAGAACAUGGAAUCUGCUCGAGCUCUUCUGUCUGGGCUUUCAACUGAUUUGGAUAGUCAGUCUAAUCAAAGUGAUCAAAAGGUAGAAAAUAAUCUUAAAACAGUACUUAUAGAAUCCAAACUUCAAGCUUUAGAUUCUAGUAAGGAAAGGGAAUUGUCUAUUAGAUCCAAGUCUUCUGAAACAAGAUCUGGCAACAUACGUUACGUGAAAGAUGAGUCAUCCAUGGCAAAGGUUCCAUCCCUCUCAGAUAUAGAGAAUAAAGGAGCAUCGAUGCUUUUGAAGGAGGAUCUGGUAAGCAUAGUCUUUCGAGAAUACCCCUAUUUGUUUGCUAAUACCGGUGAUCUGAUGAUCAGUGAUGUAGAAGACCUACUAAAUAAUUACAAACAGCUGGUUUUCAAGUAUGUUUGUCUUUCCAAAGGUCUGGGUGGUGCUACGCCAUCUCUUCAUCCCUCCAAUUCUCAAGUUCAUCUCCACCAUGAAACUGAAACUGUCAAAGAACAUCAGGACACUGAAGUAGGAGAGCCAAAUGAUAAAUCACAAAAACAGAUUACUAUGGCAAAUAGCUCCAGCACAGUUUCUCUUGCCAGUGAAGAAAAUUUUGAAUCAAAGUCCCCACUUGAUGAGGCAGUUGCACCUUAAGAGGAGGGAAAGGAGGAGAAUUUUCAUUGACAGCUCAAUGUGUCUGAGCCCUGUCUUCUGAGUAAUGCAACUUUCUACACAACAGCUACAAUCAGAGCUACUUGUUCCUGUUUCUGCUAAAAGAACUGUUCUGACUUUGGGUUUCCAGUGCAGGAAGAACAAUUGGAAAUUUUUUGCUUCAUUUUGCAGCACAUCGACUGGUAUUCCCAUGGAGGUGUACUUACGACAAGCCUCUUGGCAACACCUGAUCCCAGCAUACAUGUGGCCAUUUUUUUCCCACAGGUGUAUGUAGCGUAGAUGAUUAUAUGUUGGCAGAAUGCACAUGAACAUGGAUGAUUAAAUUUUUGACGACAGUACCUAUCAAGCGGUACAUCCUUGCAGUUUUUCCCCUAUUUUUUGUUCUCUAGUAAUCCAUGUUUCUCAAAUUACUGUGGUACUGCUAUUGGAUCUCUUAUUGUGUUGCUUGCUUUUAUUUUUGUAUACUGUCGAGAAUGAUUAGAUUCUAAUUGUUGUA